AUGGCUCGUUCGCCGCCGCCCCCUUCCUCCGCCGGCGGCGCGCAGUACGCGCAGCAGUUCCUCAACACGGCGCUCUCCCAGCGGGGGCCGUCCGCGCUGCCGUACGCCGAGGACGUCAAGUGGCUGAUCCGCAACCACCUGGUGGCGCUGGCCGAGGCCUUCCCCUCCCUCCACCCCAAGGCCGCCCUCUUCACCCACAACGACGGCCGUGCCGCUCACCUCCUCCAGGCCGACGGCACAAUCCCCAUCCACCACGCCGGCGCCUCCUACAACCUCCCAGCCGUCAUCUGGCUGCCAGAGCCCUACCCGCGCUCCCCGCCGCUCGUCUUCCUCUCCCCGACCCGAGACAUGGUCAUCAAGCCCCACCACAGGCUUGUCGACAGCUCCGGCCUCGUCGCCAACGCGCCCUACCUCCGCUCCUGGGUCUUCCCCUCCUCCAACCUCGUCGACCUCGUCCGAUCCCUCUCCCACCUAUUCGGCCUCGACCCGCCCCUCUUCACCAAGAAUUCUCCUGCCGCCGCUCCGCCACCGAAUCCCUCAUCGACGCCGACCCCGCCACCACAGGUCGCCCCAUCCCCCUCCCCCUCCCCCUCCUACAGGCUUGGGGGCUUCCCGGCGUCGCCCCAACUCGCCCCCCGCCCGCCCCCCACCGAGGACCCUGCCGAGGUCUUCAAGCGCAACGCCGUCGCCAAGCUCGUCGACAUGGCCUACGCCGACGCCGUGGCACUGCGGACCGCGCGGGAGGCCGAGGUCGAUGCCCUCUUCGCCGUCCAGGCCGAGCUGCGGCACAGGGGUGACAUCGUCGCUCAAGGGGUGCGCAAGAUGGGGGAGGAGAAGGAAGCGCUCGAGCGCCACCUGCAGGACGUCAUGAUGGCCACCGAUGUCAUGGAGGCCUGGGUCAGGGACAACAACAGGAGAGGCGGCAACCAAGCCACCGAGGACGCCAUCGAGCCCGUGGAUGUGCUGUCAAGGCAGAUGAUCGAGUGCACAGCGGCAGAUUUGGCGCUCGAGGAUACCAUCUACGCGCUCGACAAGGCAAUCCAGGAAGGAUCUGUGCCCUUUGACGGCUACCUCAGGAGCGUGCGUGCACUGUCGCGCGAGCAGUUCUUCCACCGCGCCCUAUCUGCCAAGGUGCAUAGCGCGCAGCAGCAGGCUAAGGUUGCUAGCAUGGCAGCACGGGCACCGCAGUACGCAUCAUAA